AUGGGGGUCUGGCGACAUGAAGAUGUGGGCUGUAAGGCUGUGCGCAGAGAGACGGGAAAUCUGGGCUUUGAGCUCUUCAACAUCUUCACUGGUAGUCCUUUGGACAUCGUAGCAGGUACGCUUUGCACAGGGCACUUGCUGAGCCAGACCGGGCACCAGGGAGCAGUGGCUGCACCUCAAUUGUCCGACAAUGGGACAAUGCAUCUCAUGUUGCCUUCACGUUUGGCUGAGGCACUUCUCGCGACUUGGUGUUUUCUCCUCCGUGCCAGAGCGAAUGAAUUUUCAGGAGCCCUUCACACAACACGAUAA